AUGAGAUUUAGGGCAAUUCUUGAUUUUCAAGGAAUCAGGAUGCUGCUCAAAGAUAAAAUAUGCUUUAAAUUUUUUAAAAUUAUAUAUAUAUNUGAUUCUGCUUUGCUCAGGCCCGGAAGGUUUGAUAGACAAGUUACCGUCGACCGUCCUGAUGUUGCUGGGAGAGUCAGGAUUCUUCAGGUGCACUCAAGAGGGAAGGCACUUGCUAAAGAUGUUGACUUCGAAAAGAUAGCAAGGAGAACCCCUGGUUUCACUGGAGCUGAUUUGCAGAACUUGAUGAAUGAAGCAGCCAUUCUUGCAGCCCGGCGUGAUCUCAAGGAAAUUAGCAAAGAUGAGAUAUCAGAUGCUCUUGAGAGGAUAAUUGCAGGGCCGGAAAAGAAGAACGCCGUCGUCUCAGAUGAGAAGAAGAAAUUAGUUGCAUACCAUGAGGCCGGGCACGCUCUUGUUGGAGCUUUGAUGCCAGAAUACGAUCCCGUGGCGAAGAUAUCGAUCAUUCCCCGUGGCCAAGCUGGUGGACUUACCUUUUUUGCUCCAAGCGAAGAGAGGCUCGAAUCUGGAUUGUACAGCAGAAGCUACCUGGAGAAUCAGAUGGCUGUUGCCCUUGGAGGAAGGGUGGCUGAGGAGGUGAUAUUUGGAGAAGACAACGUCACAACGGGCGCAUCGAACGACUUUAUGCAAGUUUCUCGUGUUGCAAGACAAAUGGUUGAGAGGUUUGGAUUCAGUAAAAAGAUCGGACAAAUUGCAAUUGGUGGAUCAGGCGGAAAUCCCUUCUUAGGUCAACAGAUGUCAUCCCAGAAAGAUUACUCCAUGGCAACUGCAGAUGUUGUGGAUGCAGAGGUUAGGGAGUUAGUAGAGGUGGCAUAUUCAAGGGCUAAGCAGAUAAUCACGACCCACAUCGACAUUCUGCACAAGCUUGCACAACUCCUUAUCGAGAAGGAAACCGUGGACGGGGAAGAGUUCAUGAGCCUCUUCAUUGAUGGAAAAGCUGAGUUAUUUGUUGCAUAGAGAAGCAUAUUGACAUGGAAUUGUAUUAUAUAUGUUCAAUACACAAAGCCGAAUCAACUAAUUAUUUCACAAA